GGCAGUUGUCGGCGACACGGCAUCGAGAGCGGGUGUGUCCGCGCGCGAUUUAUCAAUUCAUAAAACACUAAUGUCAAAUUAAAUGAUAACGUUAAAAAUAGUGACAUGUGUUUCGUUACAACGUAAACAAACAAAUCGUGCAAUUGUUUCAUCGUUCGGCUCGCGGGAAUCCGUAUUUUAAGUAGAAUAACAUCGUGUGGUAUAAUUCGGUUUUUAUUUAUGAAUGUGACGUUGAUACACUAGGAAUUGUGAGCGGGCAUCAAUGGGAUUUGUAAGAUAUGUUCGGAUUUGGAUAGUGUUGUGAUAUGAAUAUUUGGGUAUUAUAAAUAGUUUGUGAGUCGAAAUGGAUCGCGUUAGUGGUGUUUGUAGGUUCGGUGGCGUUGUUUCUGCGGUAAAGACUAGAACCGGUCGUUCUAAACGUCGGGCUACCAGUUCUCCACCGGUUUCUGAAGAUAUACCAAAGCCCCCGAGACGAGGGCUCGGCGCUAUACUGAUCUUGGCGUGUAUUCUAGUGUAUCACAACUGCCUUUACUGCGGUUUCGUUUUUGAUGAUAUUAGUGCGAUUAAAGAAAACAGAGACUUACGCCCUCAAACCCCUAUUUCGAACAUAUUCCUCAAUGACUUCUGGGGAACACCUAUACAUAAGGAACAGUCCCACAAGUCAUACCGUCCUCUCACGGUGCUCACGUUCAGAUGGAACUACGCAGUCCACGGUCUGCAGCCGGCAGGUUAUCACCUCGUCAAUCUGCUGCUACACGCCUUGGUGUCUCUACUCUACUAUCGAGUAUGUGCCAUGUUCCUGCCAGAAUUUGCAAGUUUUGUGGCAGCAAUGCUGUUUGUUGUUCAUCCAAUACACACAGAAGCUGUGACGGGCGUCGUAGGGCGAGCUGAGAUGCUGUCUUCCGUGUUCUUCCUCGGUGCACUGCUGUGCUACGCCCGCGCGGCCAGUAGACGUCGAUGUACAGAUUGGCGGUACGUGGCUGCUUGUACGGUGUGCGUCGGAGUCGCAAUGCUAUGCAAGGAACAGGGCAUCACCGUCACCGCUGUAUGUGUCGUCUACGAACUAUUUGUCGCACAGAAGAGGCGUCCUUCGAACAGCAGUCGGUGGUUUGAAAUAUGGGGGAAAGGCGGGUGGGGUUGUGCUUGCGGCGAGGCAGCCCGCAGGGUCGCCACGGUAUGUUGUGCUACGCUCGGCCUGCUAGCAGCGAGACUGCACGUCAUGGGGGCUCAGUUACCAGUCUUCACGAGGUUCGACAACCCUGCCAGUGCUGCUCCACCUCCAGCCAGGCAUUUAACAUUCGCAUACUUACCAGCGCUCAAUGCAUGGCUGCUAACAUUGCCUGAAGCGUUAUGUUGUGAUUGGACCAUGGGAACAGUGGCGCUUGUCAAGUCCUGGCGAGAUCCCAGGAACCUGGCAACACUAGCACUUGCCGCAUCACUAGUAGCUGCAGCAAUACAUGCACUCAGAACACGCUCUUCAGCCUUGUCUAUGGGUCUUGCAUUGCUCGUUCUCCCAUUCCUGCCAGCUUCAAACCUUUUCUUCCCAGUGGGGUUCGUGGUAGCAGAGCGCGUUCUGUACAUGCCGUCUAUGGGCUGGUGCCUCCUGGUAGCCCAUGGCUGGAGGCUUCUUGCCCAAAAACGUGCGAAGUUGGCAGCAUCAGCUCUUAUCUUCCUUCUACUUGCCUUCAGUGCCAAAACGUAUAUAAGGAAUUGGGAUUGGAAGACUGAGUAUACCAUUUUUGCAUCAGGGCUUAAGGUUAAUCGUAAUAACGCCAAACUCUACAACAAUGUCGGCCAUGCAUUAGAAUCUGAAGGGAAAUAUUCUGAAGCAUUAGAGUUCUUUAAAACUGCUGUCAGCGUUCAGCCAGAUGACGUUGGUGCUCACAUCAACGUUGGCAGAACCUUCAACCACCUCGGCCUGUUCCAAGAAGCCGAAGACGCGUAUGUCAAAGCGAAAUCUCUGCUGCCAAAAGCAAAACCAGGCGAGUCGUACCAAGCAAGAAUUGCCCCAAACCAUUUGAAUGUGUUUUUAAAUUUGGCCAAUUUAAUAUCGAAGAACUCAACCAGGUUAGAAGAAGCAGAUAUGUUGUAUCGGCAGGCAAUCAGUAUGAGAGCUGAUUAUACUCAAGCGUAUAUAAACCGAGGAGAUAUUCUGAUUAAGUUGAAUAGAACGAAGGAAGCACAGGAAGUAUACGAAAGAGCUUUAUUGUAUGAUAGUGGGAACCCAGACAUUUAUUAUAACCUGGGAGUGGUUUUAUUAGAACAAGGAAAAGCAUCCCAGGCUUUAGCAUAUUUGGAUAAGGCAUUGGAGCUAGAACCAGAACAUGAGCAGGCACUUUUGAAUUCAGCAAUUCUAUUACAAGAAUUAGGAGCCGCAGACCUGAGACACUUGGCUCGCCAACGGUUGCUAAAGCUACUUGAUAAAGACGCAACAAACGAACGGGUCCACUUCAACCUCGGCAUGGUAUGCAUGGACGAAGGUGACGCUGAAUGUGCCGAGCGCUGGUUCCGAGCCGCCGUUCACCUCAAGCCUGACUUCCGAUCAGCUCUCUUCAAUCUCGCCCUCCUGCUAGCUGACAGACGCCGGCCGCUCGAAGCUGCGCCCUUCUUGAAGCAGCUGGUGCGACAUCAUCCCGACCAUGUGAAAGCUUUGGUGCUCCUGGGGGAUAUUUAUAUCAACUCCGUGAAAGACCUGGAUGCGGCUGAGAGCUGCUAUCGGCGUAUUCUUGAAUUGGAGCCAGAGAAUGUGCAAGCACUUCACAAUCUGUGCGUCGUCGCGGUCGAGCGCGGGAAACUCGCCGUCGCCGAGGAAUGUCUCACACGGGCCGCGUCGCUUGCGCCUCACGAACACUACAUACAGCGACAUCUAUCGGUCGUGCGAGCGAGACGGGCUGCUAUCUCUGCUAACAAACCGCAGGGCCAGCCCGCUGAGGUGCGAGCGAGAUGGAACUACAUACCCCAGCAACCGCCAGACCCACAUGAAACUGAUCCGUCAUAGCAACUUAUUUAAUCAUUUCAAAGCUUUGGUAACAAUUAUUAUUAUUGUUGAUUUCUCUAUCUGAUUCAUUGAGUUAGAAAAACUGCCGCCAAUAACUUUACACUAAAUUAUUCUGGAAUCAUACCAUUUACCUAAUAUUAUUUUUUUAGCUGAAUUAUCUGGUAAUAAAUCCGAGAUUCUAUUUUCUUAUGAUAAAUUGUUACCCUUGCUCUACUGUUUGUAAAAAAAAACCACCGCAAUCUGGAAAAUGUGCAUAAAAUCAGGGUACUUCGUUAUUUCUAUAUAAAUUAAACGCAUUUUCGAAUCUUUUCAUUAACAUAAUAUUGUUAUAUUAUUAAAACAAAUGUUACAUAAGUACCUUUGAGAGCCUAAAUUUGCAAAUUAUUUUUUUAUCAAAUAUUGCUGGGUACUUGUACACAAAACAAUAAAAACAUUCUCUCGCAAAAUGAGUCCUUAACUUUGUUACUGCACAUAAUUUACUUUAACAAUUUUCAACAACUUAUCACACAUUAUAUUUUGUUUUUCUGUAAACAAUUGCUAUUGAGAUAUAUUGCUAAUGAGACUUAUACCUAGUGGAUUAUUGUUUAGUUGUAGGCGUAGUAUAAAUGUAUUACGAAGCUUCUUACCUUAAGUCAUUAGCCUGUAUACGGAUUCAAUUUGUGUAAAAUAUGUCUCUAUAAUAUUUUUCUAGUCAAAAUACUAUUUGUUUCGGUGUUAUCAUAGAUAUGAAUGUAUUUUAUAAUCAAUAGGAUUCCCAUACUUGUGCUUUUAGCCCAUUACGACCAGUUACAAUGUGAUCCAGAAAAUGUAAAAAUAUAAGUUCAUUUAAACUAUAUUGAAUGACAAUAUUUAAGUAAUUUUUUAUAGUAUUUAGAGAGUAGAUUACAUUAUUGCUGAUAGUUGCCUAGUUUAUUAAAUUUGAUUUAUUUUAUGAUACUUUUUGUGUUAGUAACGUCUCCUUGCCUAUAAAACUAUGCAUGACUUGAACCACGAAGUGUAGUUUGGGAUAAAUUAUAUAACCUACCUAUAUUUAAAUCAAAGAAUCCUUAAAUGGUUGUUCGUUUUAUAAUGAUAAAUGAUUGAUAGUUUAACAAAAAAAUAUGUGAAGCUGUAAUAUACCAUAGUUGUGUCUCAGAUACUAUCAAAAUUAUUAUGAUUUACUUAAAAUGAAACGGGCGGGAUCUAACUGGCGCCUCCCGCGUGAGAGGAAGUCACUAUAAGAAUAAAAAUUAAUUACUAUUGUCUAAUUUAACUUGCUGCAGGAAUAAUAUAAUAUAUAAUAAAAAUUAAAACUAUUUCGCAAUCAUGUAACGCGGUAUAAAUUGAUGAUAGUGCCCCAAUACCGAAAAAAAUUCAGUGUCGGGGCGAUCGUUUUUGCGUCUAAAUUAUACCUUCAUUAAUAUUAUUAUGAAUGACUCUUUCGCCUGUGAUCAAUAAAACUUAGGUAUUGUACUAGUCUUACUUUAAUUAAUAAUAACUAAAUUAUUUUUCAAUACAAUUCCCGUCGCAAAAUAAAAACUUGUGAUUUUGCUAAAAAUGUAUUUGUUUGUUAUUCUGGCAAAAAUUUUGGAUUUAGGUACAUCCAAAUUUUUCUGAUCAUAUAAUGAUGAUGUGUAAAAAGGAACUCCUUAUAAGAGCCAUAGUUUUUUUAGGUACCUGCUAAUAUUGUAUCUUUUUAUGGGCUUUGGACUUAAUACUAACUACUUAAGUUAUAGUUACUAUUUCAAACUUUCUAAUAACCAUUUGUGUCGUGAUGAAUAAAUGAUAAUUGUUAUCUUUUUAUCCAAAAAGUCAUAGAAACACACAUAUAGGUACUAUUAUGGAUUUGUGAGGUUUAUUAGAACUGAAAUAUUCGUAGUAAGGUUCAUCAAAGUAACCAAUUACCUAUUUAUAGCUUAUAACCAAUAUACUUAAUUUUGUAUGCCUGUUUUAUUUCACUUGAUAGAACAAAUAUCUGUUCUGAAUAGUUCGGCCAUUUUGUUCUUCUAUAAUUCCAUUAGGUACUUACUACUUAAAGUAUGUAGAUAAGUUGUAUUUUAACAGUUCUGUGAAGUCUUACUAAAGUCGAAAAUAUGACAUGUCGGCCUCAUUGACGUCAGACGCGUCAUACGAUCGUAAAUUUGGCAACGUCGCAACAUUGUUGCUUUAUUUUGUGAGCAAGCCUCUGACUAGAUUAAUCAGCUGUUACCCACACUAUUUUUUUAUAAACCAGUUUCUUCAACCUACAUUUGUUGAAUAAUCAUAUUGCCUAGUGUGUGUAGUAAAAUGUAACUAGAUAUAUAUUGUAACACCGGCCUACGAUUGUAUAUUCGUGAAAUUACUGUGUUAAUACAAAGUAUUUUGGAAGUCUGGAAAUGUAUAUAUACCCGAGAUAUGUACUAAACUAUACAUGGAUUAAGAUUUUUUUCUAAAUUAUCUUUUAUGAAGUCUACUUAAGGCACUGUGAUUAAUUAUUUGUUUUGUCUACUGUGUAUCUGAAAUUUAUAACUUCCUUGAAUAUUGUAACCAAGACAUUUGUGGUUAUGUUUAUUCCUUUGGUUAUUUAUUUAUAUCUGUGACAAUAAUUUCUUAUAUUAACAGGAUGUACUAACUAAUAAUACUUAAAUAGCAGUGAUACAAUAUGUAAGCAACUAUGGCAGUAAAUGCCCUGAAACACCCUGAAUUAAGCGCCCAAUGAUGUCAUACUGUCAAAUUUGAAUUUGCCUGCAAUACUUUAUAUCGCCAAGCGUUUGUAGAAUGGAUUUGUUAAACAUUGACAAACUCACUUAAAAUACCAGAAACAGCCAAACAAAAUAUUCUUGGUGCAAGAAGGUAUGUUAAGUGUUUUUAGAGUCGUAUUUUUAAGUUUCAAUGUAAUUUGGUGUCUUUACUGAUUUAGCAUGCAACCUCUGUAUAGUUUGUGACAUAUUUGAUAGUAUUUUCGUAAAACGCCAACCAAUGCUAAAUUAUGUAAAAAUGUCGAUCGUUAUAACUAGUGUAGAUGUGAAAUGUAACGUUGUUAAUGUUUUAAGGUAAAUGAUACUUUUGUAAAAACAGAAUUUUUUACAAUGUCUUGAACAUUCUGGGGGGAGGUUGCGGUUGUAGGAUACUUCGUGGGUUCCCCCAAUAUUAUAACUAUUUGUCGUCAAAACAUUUAUUUUUAUAAAAUAAAUGAUGUUUCAAAAUUA